AAUCAGUUGGUUGUUCAGUCCCGCAUUUGCACACUGUUCCGGUUGUUACGUAAUUUGAUCCACUAGUAGGUGAUACCCAUCCAUUGAUUAAGAUUUUCUAAGCUGCGAAAAUGGUUGUUCUAGCUGCAUCCAUUAUUUCUAAAUCAGGCAAAGCACUUAUCUCGAGGCAGUUUGUUGACAUGUCUCAUAUAAGAAUUGAAGGGUAUCUUGCAGCCUUCCCCAAAUUGGUUGGAACGGGAAAACAACAUACCUAUGUGGAGACUGAAAACGUGCGUUAUGUUUAUCAGCCGAUAGAAUCUCUAUACUUGCUGCUAGUGACAAACAAACAGAGCAACAUUCUCGAAGAUUUGGAGACACUGAGGCUGCUGUCUAAACUUGUGCCUGAAUAUUCUUUUUCUCUUGACGAGGAAGGAGUUUGCAGGACAGCAUUUGAGCUUAUCUUCGCAUUUGAUGAAGUAAUUUCUCUCGGGCACAAGGAAAAUGUUACUGUGGCACAAGUCAAGCAGUAUUGUGAAAUGGAGAGCCAUGAAGAGAAACUGCAUAAGUUAGUCUUACAAAGCAAGAUUAAUGAAACUAAGGAUGUCAUGAAGCGCAAAGCCAGUGAGAUUGAUAAAAGCAAGAUUGAGAGGAAUAGAGGUGAGAAAGGAGGUUUCAUGUCUCUGCAAUCCAUGGGUUCUGGAAGAAUGGAUACCGGCUUUGGCAGUGAUACAAACUUAUCUAGUUUAGGAGGCAGUGGUUCUGGAUUUGGAGCAAGCACUGAUGUGGAUUCAUUUUCCACCAAGUCCAAGGGUCGUCCAGUUGCAUCUGCUACAGGCCCCCCAAAAGGUCUUGGUAUGCAGCUAGGUAAAACACAAAGGACCAACCAAUUUUUGGAAUCCCUGAAAGCUGAGGGUGAAGUCAUUGUCGAAGAUGUCAGACCAAGCAUUGGUCCGUCCAAGCCAGCUGCUCCACCACCAACUGAUCCUGUCACCCUUACUGUUGAAGAGAAAAUUAAUGUAACAUUAAAGCGUGAUGGAGGUAUCAGCAACUUUAAUGUCCAGGGUACCUUAUCUCUCCAAAUUCUGAACCAAGAAGAUGGACUUAUCCAAGUUCAGAUUGAAACCAGUGGUAAUCCAGCCAUCCACUUCAACACACACCCAAAUAUCAAUAAGGAGUUAUUUUCUAAUGAAAAUAUUCUAGGCCUCAAAGAACCUAGUAGGCCUUUUCCUGCUAAUCAAUCUGGUGACGGAGUUAGUCUCUUGAGAUGGAGAAUGCAAAGUGCAGAUGAGUCAAUUUUACCUUUAACUAUUAACUGCUGGCCUUCAGUUUCUGGGAAUGAAACCUAUGUGAAUAUUGAGUAUGAAACCCCAGCACAAACUGAUCUACAGAAUGUUGUGAUUUUUGUACCUCUCCCAGCUCUCAGGGAGGCCCCACGUAUACAGCAAAUUGAUGGAGAGUGGAGGUAUGAUUCCAGAAAUUCUGUUCUGGAGUGGUCUAUAGUCCUCAUUGACAAUUCUAAUCGCAGUGGAUCUCUGGAAUUUAUUGUUCCGGCAGCAGAUCCUGAUGUCUUCUUCCCGAUUUCUGCCCGUUUUACUGCCUCAAGAACAUUCAGUGACCUGAAGGUUGCCAACAUUCUGCCUUUGAAAGGUGGGUCUCCACCCAAGUUCUCUCAAAGAACGUUGCUGGCUACCGAGAACUACCAAGUCGUGUAACCGUAAUGGUGGCAUGGAUAAAUUAUGUUUGUUUCUAGCAGCAUAUUGUUUGUAGGAGCCCCUUUUCCCUUUUUGGUGUUCUAGUGGGGGAAGGGCAUACUUUGGAUUUUGGUUUGUACUAUGCCCUUAUUUUUGUCCUUGGGAAAGUUCUGGGUCAUGGUCAGGCUGAGAGAUAUAGUAAGGACGUUAAAUUCUUGUGCAUUUCAUAGUUUAAAGAUAAUAAAGGUGGACCAAAGAUAUUAC